AUGCGGCAGGCACUGACCUCCAUGCAGGGCCCGGCCCGAGCAGGCUGCGCUCAAUCUCACCGCUCUUUCUGCUGUCAGGCUGUGCUCCUGGAAGCUGGAGCGCUCCGCGGACUCGCGUCUACAGUUUCUCUUUCUGCAGCAUCGGGGAAGAGCGAGAAGGGACAGUCACCAGUUCCCAAGAAACAGAGCCCACCCAAAAAUGUAGUGGAGCCGAGCGCGAGGGCCGCGCGCCUGGGCCCCGCAGCAGCCGAGCCCUGUGAGCCCGUCUCCGCCGCCCGGGCCGGCCGGCCGGGGGCGCGUGAGCGCGUGGUGGGGACCGGCCCGCCCCCCCCGGAAGGGCUUCUGAGCUCCUCCAGAAAGACUGCGCUGGCCUCUCCCGAGAAGGCGCCGCCCCCCGCCAGGAGGCGGGGCCCCGGCGCGCCCUCUUCGUCCUCGUCGUCGUCCUCGUCGUCGUCGUCGUCCAGCUCCUCCGGCUCGGAGUCUGACGGGGAGGGCCCCGGCUCCACAGCGCGUCCUCGCGUGGCGGGCGAGGGCAGAGGCAGGCUCCGCAAGCCAGAGGCCCCCCAGACGGUGGUGUCCGCCAGGGGACGGCCGCUCGUGGACCCCACCUCUUUCGAGAAGCCCCGUCGGGCAGAGAAAGGGAGCAGGGGCAGAGAGGCCGCCACGCCCCCGGAGGAGCCAGGCGGGCAGGAUGCCAGGGGCGCGCCUGCACCGACGCCGGAGCCCGAGGAGGAGAGCGAGGCGGCGGCCAGCACGGCGAGCGGCGUGGGCCAGCAGGACGCCGUGCAGGCCGUGGUCUGUGCCGCCUUCCGGGGAGCCCCUGGCCGCUGGAGCUGGGGUUCGCUUUGCGAGCCCCCCGACGCUGACCGUGGGUGCGGCCCGGCCGCCGGGGACGGCACCGGCACCGGCGUCCUCUUCCUCGGGUCGAGGGCGCGGAGACCGCCGACCGGCGGGCAGCUGAACUCCGGGGCCCAGGGCCGCAGCUCCCCGGAGUUGCGGGCGGGGGCGUGA